AUGCAGGCCAAUGCUUAUGGAACAUGGCAGAAUCAAACAAGUGUUACAGAAUUCAUCUUGUUGGGGUUUGGAAAGCUUGAACAAUUCAAGAUGUCUCUUUUUCUGGUGUUUGGUGUGAUCUACUUUAUGACUGUAGGUGGAAACAUCCUCAUUGUUACCUUGGUUGCAGUAGAUCAGCAUCUUCACAUUCCCAUGUACUACUUCUUGGCAAAUUUGUCUUGCUUGGAAAUUUGCUAUAGUUCAACGAUCCUGCCAAAGAUGCUGACAGAUUUUCUGUCUGGAGACAAAUCAAUUUCUUUGCAGGGCUGCUUCACACAGUUGUUUUGUUUUGGCUGUCUUGCCAUUGUUGAAUGUUAUAUUUUGUCAGUGAUGUCUUAUGAUAGGUAUGUUGCAAUCUGUAAUCCACUUCAUUAUGCAACCAUUAUGAAUGGUAGAGUCAUUCUUUACUGCAUUGUAGCAUCUUGGUUAUGUGCAGCAUCUAUUUUAGUUAUCAUCAUAUCCCUAGUGUCACAAUUAUCCUUUUGUGGCCCCAAGGAAAUUGACAAUUUCUUCUGUGAUUUUGGCCCGCUACUCCAACUUGCUUGCAGUGAUACAAGUCACAUCAGAGUGCUAGCUCUCAUAUUUGGAUCGAUUGAUAUCCUACCUCCUUUCAUAUUAACUGUCUCAUGCUAUGUUUGCAUUAUUGCUGCUGUCUUAAGAAUUCAAUCCACCACUGGAAGACAAAAAGCUUUUGCCACUUGUUCCUCUCACCUCAUCGUGGUCUCCAUUUUCUAUGGAACUCUAAUGAUUGUCUACCUUUUACCAAACAUCAGUACGCUUAGAGAUCUUAAAAAGGUGUUCUCUGUUCCAUAUACAGUCUUGACUCCCCUGGUCAAUCCAUUCAUAUACAGUCUAAGAAACAAAGAAGUGAAGCAGUCACUGAAAAGAGUUCUGAGUAAAUCCAUUGGUUUUCCUGAAAAAAUGAGAUGGAGGUCUCUUCCUGCAUUUGGCUAUAACAUCAAACCAUAG